AAUGAAUCUAUGUGGUUUCGGAUAUGACAAUGCUAACGGUUCAUCUUCCUCGGCGAUUUUCCAGUCUCACAAGAGCUCCAGGUAGAUCGAUCGGAAGCUUCCAAUAUAAUCGCAUUAUCCCCCUUUCCUCCAUAAGGGUUAACAAAGAUUCUUCAUUCAAGCUUCGAUGCAUCAGGAAAGAUUGCAACCACAAAGCAUCUCAGGCUUUCUCAAUUCUUAAAACGGACCUCGAAUCCGACAAUGGAAGCACAUGGAGCACCAUGGCCUUUUAUGUCUUUAGCCUGCACAUUCCUCUGAGCUUUGGAGGACUCUCUGUUGUUGCACAACUUCUGAAUCAAACUCAUCUUAAUCCCGACAUUCAGGCAUUGUCAUUGCUUCUGAUACAAACUUUAGAGUUGGGUGCAUUUAUGUUACUUCUACAAUUCUCCGAGAAGCCAUUUAACAUUUUUAGCUUCUUUGAAACUAGAGUUUUCCCUAAAGAAAGAAAUUGGCUUCUAGCAUCUUUGAUUGGACUUGGUUUCCUUCUUGCAUUCAUCUUCCUUACAUCUUUUGUAGCCGACAAAUUAAUCGGGCCCAAGGAUGUGAACAACCCAAUUUUGAAGGAAGUUCUUUCGGGUGGGCCCCUCUCGGUGUUUUGGUUAACUCUUCUUUAUUGUGUUGUGACUCCGGUUCUUGAGGAAACGGUUUAUAGAGGAUUUCUAUUGACAUCUCUUGCGUCAAGAAUGGAAUGGAAAAAAGCAGUUGAAGCCAAAGUUGCCAUUGAUGCACUUGGUGAUGCAAAUCAAGAUGAUAAUCAGGGGUACCAAAUACCAGUUGCAACUACCAUUUUCAGCCCUUCAGAGACAUUUCAUCCAACAACUAAUCAGAUUCAGCCUGUUUGCGCUCAUGAAUUCAAUCAACAGAUGCCCUCAAGAAAUGAACCUCUUUUUAACCUCAAAAGCCUCAACGGAUUUCACAUGGAGUCCAAAUUACAACAGAGGAGAAGGUUAGGGUUUUGGUAA